CUGACAUCUGCAACUUCCAGCUCCUCAGAUGGCAAUUGGACAGAUGAUGCUCUUCUUGAAGUGCUUUUGAAAGACAAGGUAAAAGGCCAGGGGUGGAUCCACUGCUGCCUGUCCUGUCCAUUCUGGACGCGAGUUUGCCACAGGACAGGCAGCAGUGUGUUCUAAAGGCAUCCAAGGAGGCCGGGGUGUGUCAGUCUGGACCCUCAAAGACACCCGUUGAAAGCAGGAUGAGGGAUCCAAAGACAGCUUGUGGGGAAGCCUAAAGGAGAUGCCAGGUGUUUACCACCUUUCCAACUGAGAAACAGUGUCUUGGCCAGACUUUCAAGUGGCUGGUGGAAAAUGAUGUUGGAUACAUCAAAUUUCUCGUUGAUCAUCACAUCAAGGAGAGCCAGCACCCAGGAGCCCGCAGAGGAGAGAGCUAAGGAGAGGUCAGUUUCAGCUGGUGCAGUAUGUGGAGAUGAUCCCCCGGGUCAACUGCCACAUGGACAGGGGCAUUUACGGUCCCAGCCGCUUCAGAUCGUUCACGUUCUCUGAAAUUUGGGAGUGGUAUAGCCUGCACAAGGUGGUCCAGGCUGACCCUGGAGCUGAAAGAUGGCACAGGAGACUUUCUGCUCUGUUCGGCAGUGGCUGGUGAUGAAGAAGGAGGAUAUCAGCUUGAAGUGGAUGAAAACAUUUAGACGAAAUCACCCCACAAAGUGGCCCCUGUAAAGGCUGCAUCAGCCUCUGUCUCCUCCUCUGCUGCUGCUGCAUCACGGUCUGUGGUCCCUCCUGCAGCAUCUCUCUCUGUGGCCCCUCCUGCUGCAGCAUCCCUCUCUGUGGCCUCUCCUCCUGCUGCAUCUACCUCUUCAUCCACCUCUGCUCCUGUUGCUGCAUCACGGCCUGUGAUCCCUCCUGCUGUAUCCCUCUCCGUGGCCCCUCUUCUACCUCCUCUGCUCCUGCUGCUGUUACAUCACGGCCUGUGAUCCCUCCUGCAGCAUCCCUCCCUAUGGCCCCUUCUGCUGCAUACAGCUCUGUCUCCCCUCCUCCUGCUGCAUCCGCCUCUGUGUCCUCUGCUCCUACUGCAUCACCCCCUGUGGCCCCUCCAGCAGCUUCCAGCUCAGAAGGUCCUUAGACAGACGAUGACGCACUUUUUCUAGAAGCGCUACACAUGUUUGAAAGAAAGGAGGACUCUCAUAUUACCUCUUCUCAAACAUGGUCUCAGCCAGACUGUCCAUAGCCAGACCCUCUUCCAUCAACACCACAGGUAUUGUUUGAGGACUGGCACAAGGGGUGGGAGUCUGGCCCUCAAGGGCUCCCCAGUGCAGAUCUUAAGUGGCUGAAGGAGGAUCCAGAGAGAGGGAAGUUUCAGAAGGAGAUGACCUACCAAGACAAAUACUGCAAUCUGAGGAAAAGAAGAGUGCUAAAGGAUGACUGGAUAUGGUUCUACCCGCCAGAGAGUCCUAGAGUGGUGGCCGGCAGGCUACCCUGGGCAGACUCCUUUUCUCGUGGCCGUGUCUUCUUCUGGAGACUAGUGGGUGUGUGGGGAUACAGCCUUCGCUGUCCCAGGUCUGAUCGCCCCACACGCAGUAACAGCCAGGCAUCGCUGUACCGCUGUGGCUAUUCCCACAUGGUCCCACAUCUGCGACAUGUCCGGCUGGUACUCCAUGCUGACAGAGGUCCUGGCCUGCAAUGCCUGCAGGAGGGCAGUCAAGGAGACCAAAAGGCACUCCAUUGGCCGCUUUCUGGCAUGGGAUGCCUGCAUCAUCAAGCUGCUCAGCCCAGCUCAUCAAGCCAUGUUCCCUGCUAUGUUGACAAGGAUGAGGGGUGUGGACAAGCAGAUUGUACGCUUGAUGCGAGAACACACCGAGGGCAACGCCAUGGCUAAGGUAUGGAGACAGGUCCUGGAGAGCCACUGUGAGGAGUACCUGCAGAGGAAGGACCUGUACACCACCCUCCUGAGCCAGCUCAACAAGCCUGGUGGGAUCAUGAGGACUAACAGCCAUUGGUUCCAGCGACCUUUGGCGAGAAGAGAGCUGCCGUCACUGAAGCUGCUGAGGAAAGCUUUCUUGAUUGCCGAGGCUGAGAGCAUUGAGGACUACCGUAUUCAGAUCAUGUCCACGUUUGGCUCACCUAUGAGUCUCUGGAAAAACUGCGGCCAAUGGCUGAGGGCCUCAUGGCGAGAUACAAGAGGGCGGGAGAGGAGCCUCCUGAGCUCAUGUCGUGGACUGGGGCUGCUGUCGUGUUCACGGGAUCCGUCUUUGGAGGAGCUGUUCAGCGAGUGGGCCAAGAGUGGAAUGAUGGUGGGGCUGGACAUCUUCCACUGGAUAAAGAGGUUCGACGCUGCCGUCAGGACCGACCACCACUCCAAAUACCCUCUUUUCAAGUCCGUUCUGUCUGCUGCUGUCUUUGCCUACAACAAGGAUGACAUGGCACUGCUCAUCCAGGCCACACGGGCAGGAUCUCCAACCAAGCUUCACUUCCUGACGGAUUCUGAGAUCAUAGAGCACCACAUCAGCAAGAAUGAUUUCAGGCAUCAUGUCAGCAGGAUCACGGUCAGAGCCCAGGAGACCUUUGCCUGUGUCCAGCGAGCCACUGGCAUCCUGAAGGGAGUGGCCGGGAUGGACAAGAACCAGAUCCACCUGUUCAGGGAUGCGGCGGCAAUCAACAGGGUCGGGGAGAACCAGCAGAAGCACCUUAAGUGCAUGCAGGACCCGCCAGGCAGAGAUAUGUACACCAUCACCAAGUAGGUCACCCGCAACGGCGUGCGGUUGCCUCACUACACCACAGUGAGAAGGAGCAACAGCUUGGAGGGUUUCCAUCACUUCCUGCCCAGCAUGAUCCCCGGGCCUCACUGUGCUGCCGUCCCCUUUCAGGUCUACCUCCUAAGUGGCAUCUCCUGCUGGAACUCUGACAGAGAGUCCACCAGCGUUAAAGGCCAGAAGGGAGGAAGCACAUGGUGUACGUGUCUCCUCUGAUAUACUGUCUCAACCAGAGGUGCCAGGAGCUGUUCGGCAAGGUGGAGGAGGUGAACUACCGACCUCCUGUUCCAUCUGGUGGAGACGUAUCGGGCUGGAGUAUCUGUUCUCCCAGUCAUCGGAGACUCUCAGUUCUUCAGAGCAUUACGCUCAAGCCAUCAAGACUCUUCAAGAAGCUGAAGAUGAGGGCAAUGAGACGAUGGCGGCUUCUGGAGACGCGGAGGAAUCCACAGAGGAGGACGAUGUGGGUUACUCCUCUGAGGGAGAGGGUGACAGCUUGACACCGCUGAGGAAAAACCUGCUUCUCACUGACCAGGUUGUGGCUCCUGAGCUCGAUCCGUGUGUGGAGGACGUGUGUGGCCCCAAUCACCUCCCAGGAUACCAGCAUGUAGAGGAGCUGAGCAGGGUGCUAGUUGGCAUUGCCUUGGAGGAAGGAAGGCUAGCUUGACCCCCACGAUCGCAACAUUGCGCAGUUCGACAGCCUCUACUCAGCGCGCCGGGGAAACGCCCUCCUUGGCCGCACAAACAAUGAGCCGUCAGAGUCCUCCUUGGUCCAAAGGCUGAAGUUCAGCAAGCGGUACUCGGCAGCCCACCUCCUGGACUCCAGGAAGAACCACCUGAUGUACUGCAUCAUCAAACAACUGGCUGCAUCCAGACUGUGCUUCCAAGGCUUGUGGCUCCCCACUGAAGCAUGAGAUCACAAGGCUUUACCAGCGGGUGCAGCAGAGAGGGACUGUGGAUGACCCUGAGCUCAGAAAACUUGGGAUUCCUCUUCUGAAAAUCAACUCCAAAACGGUCGCAGAGUUCAUAAGAAGACAGGAGGCCCUGUCAGCCACAAACAUCACAGACCAGGGUCUAACUGUCUGACCGUCAGUAGAGCAUCUCCAUCACCAGCCAGCCCCCUGCAGCAGAGCUCACAGAAGAGAGGUCGUACACUUUUAGCAUUCUAUUCUAAAAAAAACAAAGUAUUCCAACAGAAUAUCUGAACAUCAAUUGUUAUUUGUUUCAGUUGCCACUUGAAAUCUUGGAGAGCAUUUUCGCAGGGGUCGUACUUCAUGAUGGCGACCAUGCUAUUUUGACCCUGUCCCUGGUGUGUUCUCACUUCAGAGCAAUGGUGGGAACAGAGCACUUCAGGAGAAAAGCUCACUUUAUGUGGCUUGACAGUAGGUCUAAAGAAAGAUUUUGGACUUAUAUACUACAUUAUUUUGACUUAAAUUAAUUCCCCAAUUUUUGUUUUACAGGUGCUGCAGAUUGGCGUAAAUUCAGCAGUGAAUACCAGAUAGAUUUUUAAUUUUUAAUGUAUUUGCUUGAUACAUGCAGAGGCUGCAGCAAGACCUUUAAAAACUGUAUACUAGGUAUGCAGUUUGCUCAUUUAAGAAACUUUAGGUUAUAUGUAUAUGUGUGGUGGUGGUGGUGUUGUGGUAAUCCACAAAAAAAAUAUGAAAUCCUCUAACAAGGACUGUUUUUAUUUACCCACAGGAUAUGCAGGGAAAGGGAAAAGGGGGAAGCUGCAAGGGAUUUAUUUGUAGGACUCGCACCCUGGCUUCUGUUUAAAGUUCUGCCAGAUGUGUGCAGAGUAGAUUGAUCUCGGAUUGGCUGGUGAGCAUCUUUCUCUUAACACUGUUUAAAGUUCUAUUACUCUUUCUUUAUUCAUUUUCUUUUUAUUGACUUUGGACACUAUAGUUGCUUAGUUGGGUACAUCUGCUUACAAAUAAAUGGAAUAACUGUGACCACUUUAAUCAACUGAAAACCAGUUUUGAGUCAAUAUAAAGAUGUUCUUUUCUUGCAGGAAUGUAUGUGUGUUAGUUUCAAGGUUCAUUUUCAAAGCCUUC